UUUGCUGAGAGAAGGUGUGUGCUCAAGAAGCUUUAACCUGGAGGAUAGUUAACUCUUUCAGUCAGGCUCUGCGAGUUCGUCCUGAAAGUGUCUGAAGUCAGAGAGCAGAAGUGGAGCACAUUUCCAUGGGGGACCACCUUGACAAGAGCCAGCAUGCUCUGCUCAACGAAGGGGAGGAGAAUGAGAUGGAAAUAUUUGGCUAUCGAACUCAAGGCUGUCGGCAAGCACUUUGCCUCGCUGGAUCCAUCUUCUCAUUUGGAAUCCUUCCCUUAGUGUUUUACUGGAGACCAGCAUGGCACAUAUGGGCAAGCUGUGUCCCGUGUUCCUUGCAAGAAGCAGAUGUCGUGUUACUGCGGACAACAGAUGAAUUCCAGACUUAUUCUUGGAAAAAGGUAAUGUGGAUCUCCCUGUCAGCAUUUGGGCUCACUCCUGAUCACCCUCUCAUUGCCGACGAGGAGUACAUCAUAAACAGAGCCAUUAGAAAGCCUGAUCUAAAAGUGAAAUACAUAAAAGUGCAGAAAAUAAGAUAUGUUUGGAAUAAUUUAGAAGGAAAAUUCCAAAAAAUUGGCACUUUGGAAGACUGGCUCAGCUCUGCAAAGAUACAUCUAAAAUUUGGAUCAGGUCUAACAACAGAAGAACAAGAGAUUAGGAGGUUAAUCUGUGGGCCUAAUGCUAUUGAUGUUGAAAUCACACCCAUUUGGAAACUGCUCAUCAAGGAGGUUCUAAAUCCAUUCUACAUAUUUCAACUCUUCAGUGUCUGUCUGUGGUUCAGUGAAGAUUACAAGGAAUAUGCUUUCGCCAUCAUACUCAUGUCUGUCAUUUCCAUAGCUCUGACAGUGUAUGAUCUCAGAAUGCAAUCUGUAAAGUUGCACCGUCUAGUGGAAUCACACAAUAGCAUUACAAUAUCUGUAUGUGAGAGAAAAGCUGGAAUCCAAGAGCUAGAAUCACGAGUCCUGGUGCCUGGAGACUUAUUAAUGUUGACAGGGAGCAGAGUGCAAAUGCCAUGUGAUGCCAUUCUGAUUGAUGGCAGCUGUGUGGUAGAUGAAGGCAUGCUGACAGGAGAAAGCAUCCCUGUCACUAAAACUCCAUUGCCCCAGAUGGAUAGCUCUGCACCCUGGAAGACACAGAGUGAAGGAGAUCCCAGACGGCACGUCCUCUUCUGUGGAACAGAGGUCAUCCAGACCAACGCAGCUUGCUCCGGGGCUGUGAAAGCAGUGGUCCUGCGGACAGGCUUCAACACUGCAAAGGGAGACCUCGUGAGAUCCAUUCUUUAUCCGAAGCCCAUGAAUUUUAAGCUCUACAGGGAUGCUACCAGGUUCCUCCUGUGCCUCGUAGGGACGGCCACCAUUGGCAUGGUCUAUACUCUGUGCGUGUAUGUACUCAGCGGGGAAGCUCCUGAGGAGGUGGUGAGGAAAGCCCUGGAUGUUAUCACAAUUGCAAUUCCUCCUGCCUUACCUGCUGCCCUGACCACUGGCAUUAUCUAUGCCCAGAGGAGACUGAAGAAGAAAGGCAUCUUCUGCAUUAGCCCCCAAAGGAUCAAUAUAUGUGGACAACUAAACCUUGUCUGCUUUGACAAGACAGGUACCUUAACGAGGGGUGGCUUGGAUCCCUGGGGAGCUGUGCCCUGUGAUAGAAAUGGCUUCCAGGAAGUCCACAGCUUUGCCUCGGGCAAGGCUCUGCCUUGGAGCCCACUGUACGCAGCCAUGGCCAGCUGCCACUCUCUCAUUCUUCUGGAUGGGACUGUUCAGGGAGACCCUCUGGAUCUCAAAAUGUUUGAAACCACCAAAUGGGAAAUGGCUAUUUCUGGAGAUGAGUUCCACAUCAAGGGAGUGCCAGCACACGCCAUGAUAGUUAAGCCUUGCAGCGCAGCCAACCAGGCUCCUGUGGAAGGAAUUGCAAUCCUGCAUCAGUUUCCAUUCUCAUCAGCACUACAGAGGAUGACAGUCAUUGUCCAAGUGAUGGGAGGUGACCGGCUGGCUUUCAUGAAAGGUGCACCUGAGAGGGUGGCCAGCUUCUGCCAACCCGAUACAGUUCCACCUAGUUUUAUUGGUGAACUUCAGAUUUAUACAACGCAGGGUUUCCGGGUCAUAGCUCUGGCCUACAAGAAACUAGAAAAUGACCACCACACAACUGCCUUGACAAGGGAGAAGGUAGAAUCAGACCUGAUAUUUCUGGGAUUACUGAUCUUGGAGAAUCGAUUGAAGGAAGAGACAAAGCCUGUCUUGGAAGAGCUCAUCUCUGCUCGGAUAAGGACUGUGAUGAUCACAGGUGACAAUCUUCAGACGGCAAUAACAGUGGCCAGGAAGUCAGGGAUGGUUUCUGACGGCCAGAAAGUGAUUCUUAUUGAAGCAAACGAAGCCACCGGGUCCUCCUCUGCCUCUAUAUCAUGGAAAUUAGUAGAAGAGAAAAAACCUGUUCCAUACGGUAAUCAGGACAAUUACAUUAACAUUAGGGAAGAAGUCUCUGAUAAUGGCAGAGAAGGAAAUUACCAUUUUGCUUUAAGUGGAAAAUCCUUUCAUGUGAUAAGUCAGCAUUUUAGCAGCUUACUGCCAAAGAUACUGAUGAAUGGAACCAUCUUUGCAAGAAUGUCUCCUGGGCAGAAAUCCAGUCUGGUGGAAGAAUUUCAGAAACUGGAUUACUUUGUAGGUAUGUGUGGUGAUGGAGCCAAUGACUGUGGGGCUUUGAAAAUGGCUCAUGUGGGCAUCUCUUUAUCAGAGCAGGAGGCAUCUGUGGCCUCACCGUUCACCUCCAAAACUCCAAACAUUGAAUGCAUACCUCAUCUUAUCAAGGAAGGGCGUGCAGCUCUCGUCACCUCCUUCUGCAUGUUCAAGUACAUGGCUCUGUACAGCAUGAUUCAGUAUGUUGGUGUUCUGCUGCUCUACUGGGAGACAAACAGCCUUUCAAAUUACCAGUUUCUCUUCCAGGAUCUGGCUAUCACCACUCUAAUUGGUGUAACAAUGAGUCUGAAUGGUGCUUACCCCAAGCUGGUGCCAUUCAGACCCGUAGGACGGCUGAUCUCACCACCUCAGCUGCUGUCUGUCAUCUUCAACAUUCUUCUCAGCUUGGCCAUGCACAUUGUGGGCUUCGUCUUAGUGCGGAAGCAGCCUUGGUACUCCAUGGACUUGCACAGUGCCUGCACAAUGAAAAAUGACAGCCUCUUAAAGUUAACUACUUCUCCAAAUGUUCCUGAAAAGACUGGAAGUAAUGGUGCCUUCACAAGUUUUGAGAACACUACUAUAUGGUUCUUGGGAACAAUAAAUUGUAUCAUUGUGGCUCUUAUAUUCUCCAAAGGAAAGCCAUUUAGGCAGCCCACUUAUACAAACUAUAUGUUUGUCCUUGUGCUGGUUUUACAGUUGGGCAUGUGUUUAUUCAUUCUAUUUGCUGAUAUUCCAGAAUUGUACAGGCGUUUGAAUUUGCUGUGCACUCCUGUCCUGUGGAGGGUCUACAUUGUCAUCAUGCUCAUCUCCAAUCUCAUUGUGUCCCUCAUUGUGGAGGAGGCCAUCAUUGAAAAUCGAGCUUUGUGGAUGGCAGUCAAGAGAUGCUUUGCUUAUGAAUCAAAAAGCCAGUAUCGGAUAUGGCAGAGGAACUUGGCAAAUGACUCAAGCUGGCCUCCACUAAACCAAACCUCUUACUCUGACAUGCCAGGGUGUGGCAUAGGGGUGUCUUACAGCAACCCUGUGUUUGAAAGCAAUGAGGAGCAGCUUUGACCAUGCAAUAUCAAAGUUGAUAUCACAGAGAAACAAAUAUAAAAGGGACUACAAUUGUGUCACAGUAAUGAGAUGCUUACAAUCUCAGAGUAUAGGGUAUGAACUAUGAAAUUCUGGUGAAAACUUAAAGUCUAUUUGCUCAGAUAAAUUCUGCAAAGAACACUGCUUCCAACAGAUGGAUCUCCUUCUGGUUCUGGCUGAACAUUUGCAAGGUGGCUAGUGUACCAGGAAUGGACCAAGAAUUGUAAGGAGCCAAGAGCUGGCAGACCACCGAAGGACAAUAUGUCAUCUUUCUUCUGAAGAUAAUCCUUUCUUCUCUUGAAAAUGAGCUGAGGGGGAAGUUAUGUUCAUAGAGCUGUAACAUGUUAAGGACCAAUUUUUUUCCCCUUCAUUAAUGUUAAAACUAAUGCAAGGGAACCAUCAUCCUAAUAUUCACUGUCUGGUUUCUUUCACUUGAUUGUGUUUUUCAUAUUCAUGGCUUUCUUUUGCUUCUGGCCUUCCAGUACACAUUGUUAAGGAAGAGGUUAGCCUAUGCUGCAAUAACAAGCA